CCAAAGUCACAUCCAGCAGCCAGCCAUGUAGAAAGAGCAUAACAAAUAACACAGACAGGCAAACAGACAGACAGGCAGGCCGACAGGCAGGCGGGCAGACAGACAAGUGGAGGAGGUGAGGGAACGAGUGAGGGAGCAGGAGAGAAGAGAGAGAAGGAGAGAGAAAGAGCAGAGGAGAGGAGAGGGAAGGAGAGAGAAAGAGCGGAGGAGAGGAACAGAGGGAGGAAAGAAAGAAGAGAAGCGAGAGAGAGAGAGAGAGAGAGAGAGAGAGGAGAGGAGGGUCGCUAAGAGAAAAGACGGACUUGACAGGAAGAGAGGAGAAAAGUGAAGGAAGAGAAGAAGGGGAGUGGGAACACUACCCUGGAAUAGCCAGGCAGCAACUAGAGCUGUAGCAGACUCCUCCCUCUCACCCCCUCCCCUCUCUCUCUCUUUCCCCGUCUCUCUUUCUCUCUCUCUCUCUCUCUCUCUCUCUCUCUCUGAGGCAGUCUGUUACUCUGUCAUUUGACCCGGCGAGAGCUCAGCAACUGGGAAGAACGAGGGAGAAAGGAAAACAGAAAGAGAGGGAUAAUUCUCAUGACAGCCAUGCAGUCCAUCCCUAAUGGCUGUGUUUUUCUCUAAGCCAUAUCUCGCUCGUUUUGGCUGUGGACCCGAUCUGACUGGAGCUCUUGAACUGGACUUUGUGUUUCCUCUGUGGACGCUCUCCCGACACUGCUGUGUGGGGUUUACUCUGCACCGCAAGGAUCUAGUGUGUACUUGCGUGUGUGCUCACUGGGCCAUGCCCACCCCUGGUAACGGGUCAUCCAGCGUGAGGUGUACACCAUGAAAGGGGGCCACCACCACCGAGGCUGUGCCUGCCAACAUUUGUUCCGUAAAGUCCUGGCCAAGUGUGGCUGCUGCUAUGCCCGGGUCAGAGACUCAUACUCAGCGGCGGGCAGCGAGGGUAGCAUCUCCACCUCCGUGGUGUCCCUGCCCCCGACCCUGACGGCGUCCAUUAGCUCCGCCCCCAACUCCCCGGGCUCGCGGCGUUCCGUCAGCACCCUGAAGAGGUGGCUGACCAAUCCCGUCCGCAAGCUGAGCGCCGGGGCCGUCAACAUCUCCACCAGCGCCAAGGGGGAGCGGCAGGACAGGAAGUUGGAUGGGGGAAGCAAGCCCCCUCCUCCUAUUCCACCCCCACGCCACAGUCAUGGCCUGGGCCUGGGCCUGGGAGGGCUGGGGCUGGCCAGCCCCCUGGGAUCAGAGGACCACCUCACCACUGUACUACCCAUCACACACAAAGAGAUGGAGUGCAGGUAUAAUUUGGCCAGUCCUGAGGAUCUCUCCCCGGCAACCCUAAACUCUCCCAGCUACCUGUCUGACUCGCUACAAGGCUGUACUUCACUGGCCUACACACAUGAUACUCAGCCCACCAAUGUCUAUCCAGAUGACAACGGCUCAGUGUUGACGGACGACACCUCCAGCCAAUCAUCAGCCGCAGCUGACAAUGAGGAGAGGAGGAGUGCCUUAGAGAAGAGCAUGUACGUACUGAAGGAACUCAUAGAGACAGAGAAACUGUAUGUGGAAGACCUGAGGUACAUAGUAGAGGGCUACAUGGCCACUAUGAAUACCAAGGGCAUACCUGAGGACAUGAAGGGGAAAGACAAGAUUAUAUUUGGAAACAUUCACCAAAUGUUCGACUGGCAUAAAGACUACUUCCUGGGGGAACUGGAGAAGUGUAUAGCAGAACCAGAGAGACUGGCUCAACUUUUCAUAAAGCAUGAGAGGCGUCUCCAUAUGUAUGUGGUGUAUUGUCAGAACAAACCCAAGUCAGAGCACAUCGUCUCCGAGUACAUCGAGACUUACUUUGAGGAGCUGAGGCAACAUCUGGGUCACAGGCUACAGCUGAACGACCUGCUGAUCAAACCAGUCCAGAGGAUCAUGAAGUACCAGCUGCUGCUCAAGGACUUCCUCAAGUAUUACACCAAAGCCGGGAUGGACACAGAAGAGCUCGAGAAAGCGGUAGAGGUGAUGUGCUUUGUGCCCAAACGCUGUAACGACAUGAUGAACGUGGGACGACUGCAGGGCUUUGAGGGUAAGAUCACGGCGCAGGGGAAGCUGCUCCAGCAAGACACUUUCACAGUGGCGGAACAGGACAGCAGCUUCCUGUCCAGAGCCAAGGAGAGGCGGGUCUUCCUGUUUGAACAGCUGGUCAUCUUCAGCGAGCCAAUCGACAGGAAGAAAGGAUUCUCACUUCCUGGUUACACCUUCAAGAGCAGCAUCAAGGUGAGCUGUCUGGGGGUUGAGGCUCCGGUGGAGGGGGAGGCGGGCCGAUUGGUGCUGACCUCACGGGGGGCUGACGGGACUGUGGUGAGAUACGUGCUGCAGGCUGCCUCUCCAGAGGUCUGCAGGGCCUGGGUCAACGAUGUGGGACAGAUCCUGGAGAACCAGAGGAACUUCCUCAACGCCCUCCAGUCUCCCAUCGAGUACCAGCGCAGAGAGGGAACCAACAAGUCUAACAGCCUGGGCCGGAGCAUGAGAGCCCCCCUGUCUUCGGCCAGCAGUCCCCUGCGCCCCCACUCCUCGGCCUCCAUCGACCGCCAGCGCCUGCCCUGGCUCCGGUCCUACAACACCUCCCUCCCCACCCUCUACCUGCCCAGCCAGGGGGGUCAGGGAACGGGCCUCCAGGGCCCCGCUGAGACACUCACUCCCCGGGAGUCCCCUCUGGUCAGUAGGAACUCGCAGACAACAGUCUCGCCAUCUCACGUCCAGCUGGCUUUCCCUGACCCGUCUGGUCUGUCUCACUACUCUCAGACCCAGACCUCCCUGCAGUGCCAAGCGGGGUCGAGCGGGCUGCGUAGCACACAGCAGAGCGCAGGAGAGGGCUGCAGUACCAGGGGCCUGCCUGGUGAGGCUGUACCUCCUCCUGGAUCUGUCUCUGGUCCAUUGGCCGGCAAGCGCUCCAGCAACCUGGCUCAGCUCAAUGAAGAUGACCUAUGAACCCUGACCCCUAGGAGGAAGGAGGUUCACGGACCACCACAGCUACAGAGAGAAAGGAGGAGGGCCUCCUCUAGGCUUACCAUAUGUUGAUGCUAUUGUUAACUUAAGGGUCCUUUUGAAGGUGGAUGGGGUGCUUCUGUAAGGAGCAAGGACUGGAUGGAGACUGCUCUUCUGGACUGUUGCUACUGCUUUUCCAGACUGUUACCCGGUGGUUCACCGACAAUCUGAGAGACAUAAACCAUGGUUCUAACGGAAUAUACAGUAUACGCCGUUCAUCUGAUUUUUCUGAGCGAUGUGAUUUGAGGUUGAAGACGUGCCUCUGCGUGGCACCACUAAUGGGUGGCACCCAGCUAGAUGUUGCAAUGGCUGAGGUUACGAAGGACACUCAAUGGACAUUAGGUAUUAUGAGGACUUUGCUUGUUUUAUUAUGAGGACUUUGCUUGUUUUAUUAUGAGGACUUUGCUUGUUUUAUUAUGAGGACUUUGCUUGUUUCCUUUUCCAUUUUGGAGAAUUUCUAUACAGUGUAUGUUGUGCUGUCUGUCAGAGGGCUGUGGGAUUUGUUCAACGGAAGAAAAAAAAUGUCCAUUCCUAAUUGGGGAGGUCACUGGAGAAGUGUCUGUGUGUGAGUGUGCACGCUGCAGCCAUGUGUGUGUGCGUAUGUGCGCAACAUGUGUCUGUGUGUGCAUGUGUGGGUGAAAUGUGUCUGUGUGUGUGUGUGUACAAGAUUGUCGGCUUCUCUUCUUGUAAACAAACAUGGAUCUGAGGAGCUCUACUUUUCAUUCGACUUUCUUUCUACUUUUCUCUCACACUGCUGGAUUCUUCCGACAACUACUUCUAUUCUCAGGCUGUUUAAAACAUGAAGUCAUUCCUCCACUGAGUGUAUACAGUGCGUUACUCUCUGUAGACACUGAGGAGAGAGGACGGGAUAACAGCAAAUGCUUUUGAUCUGUAUAUAUGUGGAACAUUGGAUUCAUCUCUCAUGGAACAGAAUGGUUCUUAUCGCAGAGAGUGUUUCCUGUGGAUUAGAACGAGAGAACUCUCCCAUGUUAUCUUAUUCUGUUUGAGCCGAAGUGGUCUCUUGUUUGAUCUGGAGAAUCCAGACUAAAAAGGGGUGAGGGAGCCCCCUGGAGACACUCUACAGGCAUGACGUCACUCUACUGUCACUUCAGACUUAAUGGUCUUUUCUUUGAUUCCUUCACUGCUCCCACCCUUUCUCUGUCUCUUUCUCUAAAAGUCAGAGGGAAGUGAGGACAUGAUUACGUUGGGAGAGAAGAGACGGGGAGAGGAUGGGUGGAGAGGACACAAGGAAUCGAGGAAAAACUAAUUGAGAUGUGGCGGGAGUGGUGGCCAUGCCAUAGCCAGCCUGACGAGAACGCUAGGGGAUGGAGACCGGCUGGUAUUUUAAACAUAAGUUUUCUUGACGACAGGAGACAUGAAGGGGUGGUAUUGAAAUGUGGUAUGGUGUCACACAGUCUGUCAACGAAGUCCAAUGGCGAUGUGCCACAGCCUUCUGCUGUAUCCAAUGAUCUCUGCUGGCUCUCGCUACUCCAGCACGUUAGUACACGCCAUACACCUGGCUCAGGCUUAAAUCUCUGGUUCUUAGAUAAAGGACAGCAGUUUAGAGACAGUUAACUACUUGGGUUGUUGUAUCAGUUGACACUGUGGAUAUCAAGUGCUUCAUCUGCAUGCUCUGUGCUCAUCAAAGUGAGACUUUUGCCAAAGGCGGGUGAUUUUAGUACUUCAUGUACUUCAGUUCAUACUGCUACUCUAAUAUAUUGCCAACUGUUUUUUUUGUUGUUUUUUUUACACAUCAAAAAUCAAAUUCAUGUAGUUGUGAUUUGUUUACUUCAAUUCUUCUCUGUUACCAGUAGAGGUCAGUGUAAGGCUUUCAAAUACAGAUGGCAGUCAUUGGAGAUUAGACAGCUGCAUCAACGAUCAAUAUCUUCAAGUUACAAUGCCCCCUCGAGCUAAAUCUGUUUCAAAUAUCUCAAUUACAGUGACUGUUUAAAUUCAGAACAUAAAAAGUUUGGUCCCGAAAACUCCAUCUCAACUCCCCAGUGCUCGUGGACUAAGGGGUGCUGUUUGUAAAGUGGAUGUCAUAGUGACGAUUAUUGCUCUGGCAUUUUGUGCAUGUUACUUAAAUAUGAAGGAAUACCCCUAUAGAAAUGAAGAUAACUCAAGAAAAAGAGCAGGAUAAGGGCUAUAAUGAUGCCAUGUUUGACUGAAUAGAAUCGGUUGUAUUAUAUCAAAUAAAAAGUAUUUGAAUUAAGAA